CUUUAUUGAGAUGAGCUAGAUUCAGGCGUGCAAGCUUAGCAGAUUGUGCUCCAGCUCUGCAGGACGAGAGUUUCCAGAGGAUUCAACGACAAGUGGCUGUUUCAGGAAGAGAAGAGAUGCUGACGGUGCUGCUUCUGGGAUGGAUUACAUUGCAUUCUGGCCUCCCACCUGCAGCUUCCUCUUUAACAUCCAGAUUUCCUACAAGCAGAGGCACUAAGUGGCCGACUCAGAAAUGCAAAGUCUUCAUCCCACCUCCUCUACCUCCUCCGAUGUUUCCUCCAAUCAAACGCAAAGCAGAACUGAUGGUUGAUAUGACAGAACACAUCACAGGACCCAGAGGAGAAAAGGGCUGCCAAGGACUGAGAGGAGCAAAGGGUAAGCCUGGUGUGAUGGGUCCACAAGGAGAACCGGGACCACAAGGUCCAAUGGGAAAGCCAGGUCAAAAGGGAGAGAAGGGUGAGAGAGGCUGGAGAGGCUUGUAUGGAGACAUCGGAACUCCUGGGAUGAUAAAGGGCAUUAAAGGACAUCCAGGAGUCAGCGUGAGUAACACAUUUUGCAUCUAUUUUAUUCAAACCAUCACUGAGAUGCUCCUCACUCAUCUCCUGUACUUACUCUCUCACUAUCAGGGUGAUAAGGGUCUGAAAGGACACAGAGGCCUCAGUGGAGAAAAGGGUGAGCGUGGCAUCCCUGCAACGGCAGGAGAGAAGGGAGACCGGGGUCAGAAGGGUGAUAGAGGUGUGAUGGGGGAGCAGGGACCCAGAGGAGAGCCAGGAGCCAGAGGAAAGACGGGGCUAAAAGGUUCUAUUGGACCAAUUGGGGAACUGGGACAUCCCGGUGUGGUAGGACUGCCUGGUUUGCCUGGAGCUCCUGGACUACCUGGACAAGUGUACAUCCUACCAGGCCUGCAGGGAGACUUAGGCAGCAUAGGACCUUCAGCCCCCUGUGGCUGCCCACAAGUUCAAAGUUCACAGAGACCCCUGGACAACGUCCUAAUGGUCUUUGUCGCAGAUGGAGAGAAAGAGAUGAGGCGAAUGCGGGGAGAGAAUGUGAUGGUGCUUCGGACGGACAGAAGAGCUCUCUACAUCUACACAGAUUCCCAGUGGAUGAACGUCCUGGAGGGCCGCAGACUACACACUGACAUUUAACUCUGGGUAAUAAUCUCCAAGCUGAAUGAUGGAUCAUCAGAUCAAUUCCUUCACCUUCUCAUGCUAUAUUUUAUUGGUUUUAGAAAUUUCAACAAAUCCAGAUUGAGAAUUUCUGAAUGCCUAGCAUUUUAUUUUAAAAUAACAUGUUUUUUUAGUAAAUUUUCAAAAUUAAUAUUUUCCUUAUGUAAAUAGUUUGCAGCAUUAAUGUAAAACACUGCUGUAAACAUUCGGCUCAUACAAAGACAUCAAUAAAAAUCUCAAAAAACGU